AGUGGGAAAAUUUCCAUGGGUCUAAAGAAGUUCAAACCAGGUUCCUGGGGACUGCCUGACUGCAAUCAGAGAAGUUAUUCAAAAAAAUUCAGGUAGAUUGUAAAUUAAAAACAUAUUGUCACUAGCUUCUCUCUGAGGCUUUUUGUAUUAAUUGUGUAAUAGACUCAUCAAUGAUCAUGCAAAAAGUUAAAGAAGCCAAGACAAGCCAAUUAACCUAGAAUCUUUGGGAUCGUUAACACAGCUUCUUAGUCUUCAUUAUUCCCUUUUUACACCGAAGUACGAAUAAUGGAGAUUGUGGUCCUCACAAACUCUUGUUUUCUUUUUCACAACUCUCUCCAAGUUUCACUAUCCUUCUACAACUACUAUUCUCUCCUCACUUUCCUUCCUUUCCCUCUAAUGGAAACAAGUAAAGCUGGAGGAAAGAGAGGCAUGGAGGAUAAGAUGAAGGGAGAAGUGGUGGGUGAAGAGGAAGACGACGAGGAAGAUGAUGAUGUUUUAGGGUUAGGGUCUGGGGAGGAUGACAACAAGAAGAAGAAGGUGCCAGGAAGAAAAGGGUCUAGCGGAGGAGGGUCAACGCAACCUUCCUGUCAAGUGGAUAAUUGUAGCACAGACAUGACUUAUGCCAAGCCAUACCACCGCCGACACAAGGUCUGCGAAUUUCAUGCUAAGGUUCCAGUUGUUCUUCUUGCCGGUCUACAGCAGCGUUUCUGUCAGCAAUGCAGCAGGUUCCAUGAGCUAUCAGAGUUUGAUGACACCAAAAGGAGUUGUCGCAGGCGUUUGGCUGGACAUAAUGAGCGUCGCCGCAAAAGCUCAUAUGACACUCCUGGAGAAGGAUCAGCCUGAAAACGCCUACGGAUAUAUUUGUCUCCCACAAAUGCCUCCAAUGUUGAAAUUACCAGCAUGCUCUCUCUCUUCUGUCAUUCUUGGUUGUCACUUGCCAAGAGUUGAUCUUCAAUUACGCAUGCUCUCUAUCUUCUGUCAAUCCUUGGGUACUUCAGAUAAAGAUUGCUGCUCUUUUACUAUGCAUUGACUAUUGAUUAUUGCUUAUGCUUGAGACAUUAAGAUUAUGUAUUGACUAUUGACUAUUGCUUGUGUUUGAGACAUUAAGCCAAUAAUAUUAUGACCAGCGACUUAUGUGCC